AUGGGAAACAAUGGAGAAAAGGCAUCAAAACUAUGCAAUGAGGCAAGAGGGCUUAGCCGAGAUUUGAAUCUUGAUCGCCCAUGUAUUGUGUUAGCACUCCCAGCCAACCCCAUGGAGUGGGAUCGACGUCGGAGAAAACAUGCUAGUACGGCGAUGAAUGCACGUGGCAGAGGGGCUACGAACGGGAAUGGGCGCAACUCGGGACGGGGCGGGGGCAGAAGGGCUCGCUCGGAUGUGGUGGUUGGUGCAAACACCACCAUGCUAGCAGCUAGGAGGUGGAUUAGGUUCGAGAUAGAUUCUGUUUCUGGUGACGAGGGGCAACGCAACAUUGUGAACUACUACCUCCGUCGUGCCACUAGUGUCACUAGUGGGGAGAGGGAGCUGGCGGUGGUGGGGACACACCGUGGCAAUGGGAGGGUGACUUAUGUGGUACAUGAGCCGUUCCUACGGUCCCUUCGGGCGAUGCAGGUGGCUGCGUUUGUUGGAGUUGAGCAGCUCCGGUGGCAGUCAAGGAAGGAAGUGGUAGACUGGCUCGGCUCGCUCAUCUUAGAUGUUAGAUCUGAGGAAGUUGCAAUUUGUAACAAUGAUGGUGAAGAUGCUAAGCUUGGUAAUAUCUCCACACCAGAGGACUCUUCAUCAUCAGCUGCUGGAAAUGAUUCAGAUCACUUCAAAUGGUUAGGUCCUGCAUCACAUUCCAAAAAAGGGAAGUGUUACAAGUCCUUCUGGCGAAAGGGAUGCACAAUCAUGGUUCAUGAUUUCGUUUACAUCUCGGUCCAUGAUACCAAGAGAAUGGUUGCUUAUGUGGAAGAACUCUACGAGGAUGACCAUGCAAACAAGAUGGUUCAGAUACGAUGGUUCCUCACGGUCAAGAAGGCUGGCAUUCAGCUUGCUCCAGUUGGUAAUGACACGCAGCUCAUCUUCUCCGACGAGCUGCGAGACAUCGGAGUCGAAUGCGUAGAUGGAGUGGUCGCAGUCCUGAAUGCUGAGCACCUUGACAAGUUUCAGAUCACCGGCAAAGACUCCAACUGGAAGCCGCAUCCGUACCUGUGCAUAUGGCAGAUCGAUGACGACGACAACGUCAAACCCUUUGACAUUACACAGCUGCAAGGAUAUUCAGAGCAGGAGAUCUUCAGAGUAAUCCCAUACGCAUCUCCGGUGACCGCGCAUUCCGACGCAUCCGACAGCAGCAAGAACAAGCUGCCUGGCUCAUCAGCCGGAGAGCAGAAGAGGAGUGAGGCAAACCAUGAUCAGGCCGUGGAGGAGAGCCCCACUGCAGGUGAUGCAAGGAAUGUUCAGUCCAUGGUGGUCAGUGUCCCUCCAUGCAAUGCUUCACCGGCAGAGUCUGCCUCCGGUUUGCUGAGCUCUGCUCAGGAGCAGUAUCUCGAGCAGUACUUCUCCCCUGGUUGCACUGUGGAAUGCCUGUCCCAGGACAGCGGCAUAAGGGGCUGCUGGUUCAUCGGCUCGGUGAUCAGGAGGAACAGAGAUCGCAUCAAGGUGAGCUACCAACACCUUGAAGAUUCUGAAAGGCCAGGAGCAAACCUAGAGGAAUGGCUGCGAGUGACAAGAACAGCUAACGCCGACACCCUGCGCAUACGCCUCUCUGGAAGACCAAGGGUUCGUCCACAUAAUGCGCUGGAGAGGGGGAGCCGCUCGACGAUCGGCCUCGGCAGCGUCGUCGAUGGAUGGCUGUACGAUGGCUGGUGGGAGGGUAUUGUGGUGAGGGUGGAUGAUGCUGGGAGGCUGCAAGCCUACUUACCAGGGGAGAAGAAGAUGGUGUUGUUCCGCAGGGAUGAACUGAGGCAUUCGCUUGAGUGGAUUGACAGCGAAUGGAAGGCUUUUGAGAACAAGCAAGACAUGGCCCGCCGAAUUCCUACCGCAGAAGCUCUUGGAAUUCGAAUCAUUGCUCCAAGAAAAGCUUCUGCAAGAGAAGAUAGAGAGAACGUCAGGCAAUCAGACAGGGGUGCUGCUGGUGCGAGAUCUGCAGGAGCAGUGGCAAACCAAGGCAAUUCACAGGGCUCUGAACCACCAGCAAGAUCAGAUGUGCAGAACUCAAGCAAAGGUGAAAAAACCAGACCUGAUCAACCGCGGCGCGCCGAUGAUCUGGGAUCUUCCAACUUCAAGUAUGCUGGCAUGCCUGUUCCUGAAGAGAUCAGAACCGAUCACAGUCAACCUCAAGUUGAUCUUACAGAUGUGCUGAAGUCUGACGGUCUGAACUGGACUGAGCGUAGGGCCAGAGGAUCGUUUGGUCCAAGAAUGUACUCAGAUGGGGGCAGUGGUAGCAGCAGCCAGGAAUACAACAAGGAGCAUAGCCCCUCAGGAGAUCCUGAUGAAUUCAGUGCCUGAUGAAGAAGCAUGCAAGAUCAGUGGAGAACCAGUUUCAGGGAUAGCACCAUUGCCCAGCUAGCUGUUGUUCAGAUGAAGAAAGAACUUGCAGGAUAUGAAGGAUGAUACAUCUGUUCUUUAUUAUUAUUAUUAUUAUUAUUAUGAAUUAUGCAUCCUUGAUGAGAUGUGUGACUUUGGUUCAUCCACUUAGUUAUUGUGUCCACCAGACAAGCUGAGUCUAGUACUUCUGAUGUCAAAGUCUAGUGUGUAAUGCAGUCCAUUUGGUUAUUCAUUCCAUAGAAAACUGGAAAAAUCUUUAUGUCAGUGUGUUUGUGUUUAGUUCAUACCAUAUUUAUCUUUCUCUUGUAUUAUCUCAUUCAAUCUGACAUAAAAAUGGAUUCUGUAACCUUUUACCCCUCCAUGGCAACAUUGCAACUUGUGAAGUUGAUGUCACUUGUUGGAAAUUUUGUUUGUGGAGAAGUAAUUGAAGAGAGGUAAGAAAGUUACAUAGAGGCUAUAUAGCCUUGGUGGUUC